AUGAUCAAUCAUAACAACUUGGCUGAAACAUGCAAAGGAGGUGUUUCUUUAACGGAUUGUCUGGGACCCAAUGAAUUGGAAGUACUGUGGGUCCCUCAAUACCAUGGUAAGUUUCCAGCUACUGACUCGUUCCCAUACAUGGGACUCGUGACUGGGUUUAUGGGUGCUACAUAUUCCGGAACACCCCUUGUCAUGGCUUCACUGUUGGAUUUUAUUGCCAACCCAUUGCUGUGGACUGAUAUGGUUGAGAAAUAUCAGGCCACCAUCACCUCAGCCCCCAACUUUGCUUAUGCUUUGCUCCUCAAAAGAUUGAAGCAGGUCAACAGGACAGCUGACUGGAGUUGUGUGAAGCGGGCCAUGUUUGGAGGUGAACCAGCCCAGAUCGAGCCAUGUUGUGGAGGAAGUGUCAAAAAUGCUUCAAAACCAGACUCGGAAGGCCUUGUCUGCUGUGGAGAAGUAAACUCGCCUACGCUCAAGCUUCGAAUUGUCCAAGAUGGGCAGGAGGUUGAGGAUGGGCAAGUUGGAAGCAUCUGGGCUCAAUCACCACGUGUUGCUGUUGGUUAUUAUGGCCAGGCUGAGCUUACAAAGGCUACAUUUGCCAAUUCACUGCCAGGAUAUGAAGGCUCUUGGCUAGAAACUGUCAAAGAUGUCAUCAUUGUGAAUGGAAAGAACUAUUACCCAACAGACGAAGAGCUAUCCAUUGAUGAGGUUUUUGGGGAUGUUAUCCGUCCCGGAAGGACCUCAGCCUUUCAGCUUGGAGAGGACAGCAUUGGUGUCACACUCGAGGCUCAAAAUGGGUUUGACAAGUCAGCAAACAAAGAUUUGGCCAUCAAAGUAUCCAACCAUGUAUCAUGUGUUCAUGGUUUGUUUGUCGGUGAAGUUGUAAUUCUAAAGCUGGGUGUUACUCCAAAGACCACCUCGGGAAAGUUGAAGAGGAGUGAGAUCAGGCAGAAAACCAUAGCUGGUGACUGGAAGGAGUCUUCCGUGUUGCUACUGUCCAAGCGGCAUUGCAACACUGUUCCUGUGAGAGGUCAAGCUGAUGAAAAUCUUGCCGCAUUGCCUUGUGGAAUUGCGCAAAACCAAACAUAUCAAGCAAGUGGCCUACCAGCAAGAACUGACAAAACUCUGACAAGCCACCAAGAUUCCACUUUACCUAGUUGUGUAGUUGCAUGUGGAGCUACAGACUCAGAUUGCUUCUCCACAAGAUAUGCCAACACCAUCACAUCUGUCUUGGGUUCUGAAGUGGUAACAUCAAAAACAUGGGCUGAGAAUGGACUUACAUCUCUUAAGAGUGCUGAGCUCAGGAACAAGGUGGAAGAAACAUUGCACGUAGUUCUCCCAGCAAACUUUGAACAGCUCUACACAACAUCAACUGAACUCUCAGCCUUCCUGGAAGCAUCAGAGAGCAAGAGCUUUGCAAAGCAGGACCUGUACAAUAACCCUGACUUCCUAAGGAACUCAUCAGGGUUCAGGCUCAGCAAACUUCAACUUGCUCUAGUCCAAACUGUUGGACUACUUGCCAUUAUUCUCUUGCUCUUUGCAUCAGCUGUCCCUUCCUACUUCCUUGUCAACUGGGUCCUGGGCCACUCUGACACAAAGGAAAAAGAGGAGCGAGGUGGGCCAGUCUCUUGGGUACUCUUGCCUCUUGCCUUUCCUCUAUUUAUUCUGUCUUUCUCAGUGAUUGUGGUACUCUGUAAGAUUGUUGUUGUCAGGAAAUAUCAAUCUCAACAAUUUGAGCUCCUAUCGUGGGACUAUGUUUUUGUUAUUGGAGAAAAUUGCCAUGUCGCUGGCAUGAUCAGUCCUGGGGCCAAAAUUGGAGAUGGUAGCAAGGUGGAAACACUAUCUGUUAUUGAAGAGGGAGUCAUUGUACCUGAGGGUGUCCUUGCCAGAGGCAAUCCAGCUUACAAUGCUGGCCCAUUCAAGCAUCCAGAACCAACUCAUGUGGAGGACUCCAUGCUUGAUGCCCUCAAGAUUCUUUGGACGUUGUUUGAAGCAUAUCACUUCUUUGCAAUUUCCUAUUUGGUCCAUCUCUUACUCAACAAUGUCUUGCCCGCUUGGCAAUAUUCCACCAUUCUGCACUGGUUUGUGUGGUAUCCUGUUGCUUCUUUCCUUGCUCUUGUCACAAGCAUAUUACUCAAAUGGGUUUUGAUUGGGAAGCGUGAUCCAUCCGAUGCACAUGAAGAUUCAUUGUACCGCCGGGCAACCAACUGGGCUUGUGACUUCCACUUUCGUAUUGCCUCUUGGGCCCUCACGAUUGUCUUUGGGCAUUCCAAGAUCUCAAACCUCAUCCCCUUUCUCCAUGGCCUUGAUGUUGACUUUGUGUCAGAGCUCCACUUCAAACCUCAAUCUAGCUUGUUCUCCCCUUCCAAGGUUGACUACAUCAAGAUCCGGAAAUCAUUUCUCCCCAAUAUAUCCCUUGAUCUCAGCAGCAAGAAAGCUGUCUCCAAGGUUGAGAUCAUCAACAGCAGUGUUGGCUACAAUGUCCAUCUUCAUGCCGGAGUCACGAUAAUGGGAUCCAUGAUCCCACCAAGAUCUACUGUGUCAGAAAGCAUUUAUGAUUUGAAUGCAGCUGGACAGGCAUUCAAGCCCAAAUUGACAGGCCUGCUCCUCAUUGAGGGAACACAGCAGUUGAUGAAUGUGGUUGUGUUUGUCUCUCUUAUUCCCGCCUAUGAGAUUGGUCUUAUGGCCACCAAGAGCUCCUCACUGCUUAUUGUUGGAAUGGGGUUGGCUGCAACUUUCAUAAUGCAGCUACUUGUAUGGCUUCUCAUGGCCGGGGUAGUUGAAAGUGUACUGUUGACUUCACCCCACAGUCUCCAGCAGUGCACCAUUGUGGACAGUUCCUAUGUGAUGGCUCACUAUGUUGACAGGAAUGGGGUUACAAUAGAUGACACUUAUGUGUCUGGCAUUCUUCACCCUGGUUGUUAUGCUUCUGCUGGAGCAGUGGUGCAUGGUCCAGAAAGUUGUCCAAUGAAGGUUCUCCUCAGACCUGGUGUGGGUACUAAGUGUCAGUUCCAGGAUGCCAUGGCACCCAGUACGAAAAAGAAAGGGGGCCACGUCGUAGCGGAUGAGGAGUCUUGUUUGCUUGAUAUCUAG